CAAAUCUUGACGGUUCUUUCCUAAGGUUCUUUCACCUUUCCAAAUCAAAGAAGAUUUUAUUUUCUCUAAAAUAAUUUUAAUAAUGUAAGAAAGACAUCAUUUUAAAGAGAUAUUUAAAGGUACUUCUCAAAAUAAACCCAAACUUAAAGGUAAACAAUGCUAAUAAGGGCGAAAAUGGCAUAAUAGCAGUUCCCGUCCGUUCACAAAUAAUAAGGCACCUGGCAGGUACGGCUAAAAAUUAGAUAGAGCAUGUUCUCGGGUGGUACUUUUGUCGUUGUCACGUAUUUUAACUUCGUGGUUCGUGUACAAAGACGAUUAUUAUAAUGCCUUUAUGGUGAAGAUAUCGCUUGAAACAGGCCAGCAGUAUUUGUAGGUUAGAAAAAAAUAGUUUUCAGGGAAUUGUUAUAAAACAAUUAAACAACUAUGACUGUAGUUCAUGGUGAUGCUACUGAUCCACAAAUGGCUCAGGAACCAAAUAGAUGUCAUCAGAUGCCUCCAAGUCCUGUUAAGGUUCCGGUGUGUAAUCUUCAAGAUCCGGGUCAGGUUAUAACGAAAAAACUCUUACCCAUAGCUGGGUUUUUUGUUGCUUUUGCUACAGUCAUGACUGUUCUGAUUUUGUACAUGGACAAUACAGCUAUGAAACACCAUCAGUUUACUCUAAAUCUCAGUAAAGACAUGGAAUUGAAUGGUAUAUCUCAGGAUGACACUCAAUUGAUAAUAUAUCUGAGGGAGAUGGCUAUAUCGCCUGCUAUAGAGCCCCAUCAUAAACCUUUGGAGUCCCUGAAUGUAAUGAGCAAUGAAACAGAAUAUUUGUUGAAAAUUUUUAAUAAUAAGAAAAAUGGCAUUUUUGUUGAAUCUGGAGCUUAUAGCGAUGGUAAAACAUCAAAAACCGAAGUCCUGGAACGACAGUAUGAGUGGAAAGGACUCCUAAUCCAGCCAGAUCCCAGACAUUACUUUAAUCUACGUAGACACAACCGUGUUAGAUCUCAAUGCAUUCAUGCCUGUCUUAGUCCCAUGCCUUAUCCACGAGAAAUCACCCUGCAUGGUGAAACUGACGUAAAAAUCAACAGUAUUUACAGUAACUCUGUGGAUAACCCUGAUUGGCUGGUUACUAGAGUUAAAUGUUUCCCUCUAUACUCGCUUUUAUUGGCAAUGAACUAUAAAAGCGUUGAUUUUUUGAGUGUUGAGUCUAGUGGAACAGAAUUACAAGUUUUGGAAACCAUUCCGUUUAAUAAGGUAAAAAUUGAGGUUAUAUCAGUUGAUGUGAGGGAGAAUGACUCUGAAAUUGGUACGAUUAAAAAGUUUUUGGCAACGAAAAACUAUAAAUUCAUGGAGAAGUUUAAUAGUAACUACAUGUUUGUGUUGAACAGGGUUAAAAUUUGAAACAUAACCUAAAAAAUUAUAGAUUUAAAUGACAAUGCACCUAUUUUAUCAUAUACAUAUAUAAGAAUAUAUUGAAAGAUAGGUAGAGGUGAUAAAUGAAUUUCUCACAUAAGUUUAUCCUUGUUUUGUCAAAGGUUUUGCUGCUCUUGGACAGUUUCAAAUCGCCAGUAUAUUCUUUUAUACGUAUAUGCAUUUUAUACAUCACAAAGAUCACAGCUCUGUGAUCGCACUUCAAAACAUUUAUUUUGAAGUUGUUUUUUUUCUUAUUUAAGACUGAUAAAACCGAACAAUUUCUCGUAACAUUCGUGGCUUUAAGUAUAUUUAAGGACCAUAAGAUCGAAAAAAAACGGCGUCAUAGUGGGCUUCGAAAUUACAAAAAUGACUAUUAUUUAAGAUUGGCACAAAAAAAUUCCCAAAAAUUAUUAUUUAAGUGAUAUAAAAUAAAAAGCUUUCUUUUCUUAAGUCAAAAAUGGUAAUUUUUGACAAUUUUUUUUGUCAAAGGUUACUGUGACGCCGUUUUUUUUUUGAUAGUAUCUUAUAUUACUACAAGUACCAGUUUUAUAAUGUUCUGAUCUAUAUUCUAGCGAAAAAAUAUUUUAGCAAGUUAAAAAAAAUAGGCGCCUAGUUACUUAUUGAUUUAUAUUUCUACACAGGGUUUCCUAUUUGCGAUACCCUGUAUAUUUAAAGCAGGCACUCUUUACCUGUUUCACCCAGUAUAUUGCUUUAAUAAUUCAAAAAAAAACUUCACUGGCUUUCAAUAAAAUAUUUAAUUAUUUUUAGUUUGACAUUGUAGUAUUUAAGCAUUUUUUUUUUGUAUAAAUUAGCGAGCCUAUCUAUUAAUUGUUUAAGUAUUUUAUACCGUACGAUCGAAAAAAAAACGGCGUCGUGUUACCUUGAAUUAUUUUUUUCGGAGGUAACUCGACGCUGUUUUUUUUUCGAUGGUACGGUAUUGUUGAUAGUGCCUUGUAAGGAUUAUAGGUAUUUAGGUAGAGCACCUGUAUUUUUUUAAAUAUAAUACAUAUUAGAGCUAAUAAUUGCUUGGAAUUCGCACAAAGUAGUUGAAAUUAAAUGAAAAAUAUUUAUGUAUGUAUAUUUUGAUUUUUCCAAUACAAAUUCAAGAGAAAAAGAAUUAAAUUAAGCGGUCACUUACUGGUUUUCACCGACUUGGUGAAACUCUGGGCGUGACUGGGUGAGACUCGGGCGUGUCGGGCGACAUGUCGCCCGACACGCCCUCUAGUAUGUAACCGGCUUUAGCACUGAUAAUUUUUGUCCACAUUAAUUUUACCAUAGUUAUGUAAGUUUGAACCCUUUUUUAUAUCAACUUUUUUUAAUUACUUUUUUUUAAUAGAGACUUUUACACAU